GGGAGCGGGAGCGCGCUGGCUCGGCCCGAUGGGGGAAAUCGAGGGUUUUGGGGACGCGGAGAGACACUUUCCCCUUCCCAAGGAGUGAGGGAGAGAAGUCUGCGGCUCUCGCGCCAGGCCACUUUCCCUGCGCGAUUCCUGGAGCUCCCUGCAGGAGGUGAAAGUCCUCGGCCUGUCCGGAUGGCGUAGUUGCGCCGAGGCGCAGCUGCUGCCGGAGGCGAGCGCUGGGUGGGGAAACUUUCUCUGCUGUCCUGCAACUUGCAGCGGGUGGAUCUGCUCGUGACACACGCCUCCGAGGAAAUUUGAAAAUCGCCAAGAGGAUUUUCAGGCCACUUCUGAUUUUCAAAGAUUGUGAUCUGAAGAACUAUUGGCUGACGUGACUGGAGGAGACGUGCUGUUGCAGAAAGAGAAAUGACGUCCCAUUAUGUGAUCACUGUGUUUGUCCUGAUGAGCUCCUGUUUAGCCACUGCAGCAGGUCCAGAGCCCAGUGCCCGGUGUGAACUGUCGCCUGUCAAUGCCUCCCACCCUGUCCAGGCCUUGUUGGAGACCUUCAGUGUCCUGUCAGGCUGUGCCAGCAGAGGCACCACCAGGCUGCCGCAGGAGGUGCACGUCCUGAACCUUUGCACCGCUGAGAAGGGGCCUGGCCAGCCACAGAAAGAGGUCACGCUGCACCUGAAGCCUAUCUCCUCAGUCUACAUUCACCACAAGCCUGUUGUGUUUCUGCUCAACUCCCUGCAACCCCUGGUCUGGCAUUUGAAAACAGAGAGACUCGCCACUGGGGUCCCCAGACUCUUCUUGGUGUCUGAGGGUUCUGUGGUCCAGUUUUCAUCAGGAAACUUCUCCUUAACAGCAAAAACAGAAGAAAGGAACCUCCCCCAUGGAAAUGAACAUCUGUUAAAUUGGGCCCAAAAGGAGUAUGGAGCAGUUACUUCAUUUACCGAACUCAAGAUAGCAAAAAACAUUUAUAUUAAAGUGGGGGAAGAUCAAGUGUUUCCUCCCACAUGCAACAUAGGGAAGAAUUUUCUCUCACUCAAUUACCUCGCUGGGUACCUUCAGCCCAAAGCUGCAGAAGGGUGUGUGAUGUCCAGCCAGCCCCGGGAUGAGGAAGUACACAUCAUCGAGAUAAUCACCCCCAACUCUAACCCUUACAGUGAUUUCCAGGUGGAUAUAAUAAUUGACAUAAGACCUUCUCCAGAGGAUUCUACAGUGGUCAAAAAUCUCAUCCUGAUCUUGAAGUGCAAAAAGUUUGUCAACUGGGUGAUCAGAUCUUUUGAUGUUAAGGGGAACCUGAAAGUUAUUGCUCCCAACAGUAUUGGCUUUGGGAAAGAGAAUGAAAGAUCCAUGACAAUGACCAGAUCAAUAAGAAAUGACAUUCCUUCCACCCAAGAGAAUUUGGUGAAGUGGGCUUUGGAUAACGGCUAUAGUCCAGUGACAUCAUACACACUGGCUCCGGUAGCUAACAGAUUUCAUGUUAGAGUUGAAAACAAUGAGGAAAUGAGAGAUGAGGAAGUUCAUACCAUCCCUCCUGGGCUACAGAUCCUGCUGGACCCAGUCAUCCUGCCUGGCCCGGAGAACCCACCCUUCCAGGGAGGGGGUAGCCGAACUGGAGGUCUCCCCUUUCCUUUUCCUGAUAUCUCCAGGAGAGGCCGGAAGGAAGGAGGAGAAGAUAGGAUCCCUAGGCUAAAGGAUUCUGUCAUCUCCAGUGUACAACUGUUUCCUGGUCCCAGAGAACCGGAAGAGGCACAAGGGAGCAUGGAUAUUGUCCCAUCAGUCAAAUGUGACAAUGAAAAGAUGAUUGUGGCUGUAGAAAAAGAUUCUUUUCAGACCAACGGCUACUCAGGGAUGGAGCUCACCCUGUUGGAUCCUUCCUGCAAGGCCAAGAUGAAUGGCACGCACUUCAUUUUGGAGUCUCCCCUGAAUGGCUGUGGAACUCGGCGCCGGCGGCAGUCAGCCUCCCGUGGUGUGGUUUACUAUAACUCUAUUGUGAUACAGGUCCCGUCGCCUGGGGACAGCAGUGGCUGGCCAGAUGGUUAUGAAGAUUUGGAGUCAGGUGAUAAUGGAUUUCCAGGAGAUUUGGAUGAAGGAGAUGUUUCCCUCUCCAGCCGUCCUGAAAUUGUGAUGUUUAAUUGUAGCUUGAGGCAGCUGGGGAAUCCCAGCAGCUUCCAGGACCAGCCCAGUGGAAACAUCACUUUCAACAUGGAGCUGUACAACACUGACCUCUUUCUGGUGCCCUCCCAAGGGGUCUUCUCUGUGGCAGAGAACGGACACAUUUACGUUGAGGUGUCUGUCACUAAGGCUGACCAAGAACUAGGAUUUGCCAUCCAAACGUGCUUUAUCUCUCCAUCUUCAAACCCUGAUAGGAUGUCUGAUUAUACCAUCAUUGAGAACAUUUGUCCUAAAGAUGAAUCUGUGAAAUUCUACAGUCCCAAGAGAGUGCACUUUCCUAUCCCACAAGCUGAGAUGGAUAAGAAGAGAUUCAGCUUUGUCUUUAAGUCCAUGUUCAACACCUCACUGCUCUUCCUGCAAUGUGAGCUGACACUGUGUACCGAGAAGGAGAAGGAUCACCAGAAGUUGCCUAAGUGUGUGCCUCCCGACGAAGCCUGUACCUCGCUGGAUGCUGCCAUGAUCUGGGCCAUGAUGCAGAACAAGAAGACAUUUACCAAGCCACUGGCCGUGAUCCACCAAGCAGAACCUAAAGAAAAAGUUCCAAGCAUGAAGGAAUCAAAUCCAGUUCCUCCACCAAUUUUCCAUGGUCUGGACACCCUGACUGUGAUGGGCAUUGCAUUUGCAGCAUUUGUGAUCGGAGCACUCUUGACAGGAGCCUUGUGGUACAUCUAUUCCCACACAGGAGAGACAGCAGGAAGGCAACAAGUCCCCACCUCUCCACCGGCCUCAGAAAACAGCAGUGCAGCUCACAGCAUCGGAAGCACACAGAGUACGCCCUGCUCCAGCAGCAGCACAGCCUAGCCACCCCAAGCCCGGCCUCCACUGCCAAGGGCAGGGCCUUACGCUGAUGCCAUGUGUCCAGAUUCUGAAGGCUUGAUUUGGCUUCCCUUGUAAAGAGAGCGAGCGACUGUCAGUGUAAAGAUUACCUGUUACAUUCACCACUCAUGGCCAAUGGAAAUGUGAUCCCUGCAUCUCUGCAACACACUAGAAUUCAUGUGGAAAAGCUAAGAUGGCGGCCUUCUCCACCAGCCCCUCCCAGGCUAGGGGGUUUUCAGUGUGAAACACAUGCCGGUUUUUAAAAUGCUGCUUUAUCUAGGGGAUAACAUCAAUGAUUUGGGGCCCUGAGUUUUAUCUACACUCAAGGAAAUGGUCAAAGGGUCAUAGCUAAACAGUAGACCCAAUGAGAUGUGGGCAAAGAGUCUUUUACAUUUGAAUCAAGAUAUAAAACAAAAGAAAUGCUUCAAAGCUGUCUCAGUGCUCCUCAAUGCCUAAUUCUGUACCCUAUCUGGAUGCCCACUCCUGACUGGCCACACUUUGUGAGAUCUGAUAUGUGGCCUCUGGUUGCUGUCACCUGUCAAGACAACAUUCCUUUUUUGUUCCCUGGGCCAAAACCAGUGCUGAUUAAUGUGUCAGUUUAUUUUCUUCCCCCCACUCAAACACACACUGACUAAAAACAUGUCUUAAUGCAAAUUUUGUCUUUCUUAUAGGCAUGUAGAAAUUGAAAAUGGCCAAGGUCUGGAACUGUAGAUUUGUAUUCAUUUUGUUCUGAUAAAUUAAUAUCUAAAUUGGGGCAAAAUUCAGUUGUAAAGUUGAGGAAUUUGUAAGGUGAUAUAUGUAUAUGAGUAUGAAAGGACAAGUAUAUAAUAUGUCAUCUGGCACCUUCAUUUCCUCAGUUGAAGAAGAAAGAAAUUGAGCCAGGUGCAGAGGCACUUGCCUAUAAUAGCAGCUACUUACCCAGGCAAGAGGUUCACAAGUUCCAGGCCAGCCUAGGCAACCUACAAGAGCUCAUCUUUAAAAAAAAACAUGAAAAAAACAUCCAUUUCCAUUUUGAAAAUAUCUGCUGCUUCUAGAGUUGGAAUUUAUAUUUAAGUAAUAUUUGGUAGAAUGAGCAUUUCCAUUCAAUACACAUCAACCUUUCUAAUAAGCCCUUGUAUGAAAAGCAAACCCUUAGGAGACAUGAAUACCUGGCAGAUCCUGUUGGAUUCUUGUUGGUUAUCUGAAUAAUGUCACCAGUUCUGCCAGGACACUGCUGAGCAAGGGAAAAGUGCACUCAUUUUGUUUGCUUUUGUUCUCUUGCCUUUAAAUAUGUAAACUGAAAAAGAUCUGAAAUGAAUUUCAUUAAAUGGAAUAAUAUGAUGCCACAUCGCAGCUAAAAUAUGCUCAGUGAUACCCAUAUGUCAAAAAAUACCAGGGACAAUUUCCAUGCCAAAUCAUUUACUGCUGACAUUGCAAAUUACACAGUAUUCUUUUUCCAUACCCCUCUAACAACUUAGUAUUCCAUCAAUAGAACAAGUUAGAUUCUGCCCUAAAAUAUUCAUGACCCAAUUCCACUGCCUUUAAAGGCAGUUGAAGGCCGGGGAUUUAGCUCAGUGGUUCUGCUGCCUGCCUUGCAAGCCCAAGGACCCAAGUUCGAUCCCCGGUACCAAAAAAAUAAAGCAGUUGAGGGGCUGGGAAUUUAGCUCAGUGGCACUGCACCUGCCUCACAAGCACAAGGCCAUGAGUUCGAUCCCCGGUACCAAAAAAAAAAAAAAGGCAGUUGUGCUGGGUCCUCUGUGAAUGGAACCUUACAUAAGAAAUAUGGAUGAAACUCAGAACCUUAAGGCAGUGUCUACAAGGCAAGGAGAUGGAGAUGGACAGUCACUGGUAUCCAGUCAUGAAUAGUCAUUGACUGGAUAGAUGUAGACAUUCAAAUGGGAUAAUUUUAACCAAAGCAGACUACUUAGCAGCUGAAAUUUCCAGGCUAUCUACAUUAAUAUAGUGAACAUUUUUUAUGAUUUUCAUAUAUAUGUGAGGACAACAUAAGACUAGAAAAAUGUUUUCCUUUAAUUUUUUAACAUAAGGGUAUCAUUUCAGAGCAGAGGGCCUAGGUUACGCUACCUGUGUUUGAAAAUAAUGCGCUUUGCCUAACCUUCAGCAGAAUGUAUUGUUUCAGCAUAUUCUAUGUAUAAAAAAGUUUAAAGAUGUCUUCAAAGAAGACUAGAGUCUUUAAGUCACUUAUAGCUAUAUUUUACUACAAAAAUUUGUGUAUAAAGAUAUAUUUAAGUGUUUUAGAUAAAUUUAAGUUACUCCAUAUGAAAUGUUUAAUUUCAGUUACUGUGAAUUCUUUGAUCAGUUCUUUGCUUAAAAAAAUCCUUUCCAUCUUUUAAAAAGAAAAUUAGCUAUGGGGAGGUAAUUAAACAAUGCAUUGCUUAGAUGGAUAGGGUUAAAAACUUCUGUAAUAUAUUUAAAUGUGUAUUUUUGAGAGAGUUCCUACAGUGCCAAGGAUUUUAUAAGUAAUCUUAAAUUAAUUUACAAAUUUAUAGAUGCAAACCAAAAGGUUUUUAAAAGAGAAAAGAAAAAAAUCAGUUUUUAUUUCUUUGAAUCUCAUUGUCAGAAGUACUAUUCAGAUAGAGAAAUUCAUAUUGAUAAAACCUAAUCCCAUAUUGGAGAGUGAAUAGGGCAUUUCUCCCUAGCUUCUUCUUACAGCACUUCUGAUUGCUUCAUCCUUUACAGUUUUAAUACAAAGUACAAGCUCUACUUUUAUAACAUGUUCUGCAAGUUUAAAACUGUUAUAUUCUAUCAGCAAAGUCUAAUAUUAUUUCCGCAGUAUGCCCAUAAUCCACAGAGCCCAUUUUGUUUUGUUUGUUGAUACUGAUGCUAUUGUUGAAAUGCUCUAAACUCCACUGCAGAUUAUCUGUGUGACACCUUUAGCUUUUCACUGUGUAGGGUUCACCAGCUGUUAUGCUGUAUUUUAAAAAGUCAGAAAUUUCUUCUGUGUAAGCUGUUUUUAUGGCAUUUUCUAAACACAAAAUGGUCUUUUCCUUGUCUGGUGAUAAGAUUGUAAGUUCAUUUCCUGCGUGUUCUGGGCGGGUGUGACUUUGAGUGUGUGUGUGGUGUGUGUGCGCCCACCUGUCUUUUGUACUGCAACUACCUCAUGGUUUGAAUGAUGACUGCACUGCUGGUUGUGUUAACAGAACACAUUUUGUUGGGCGAGUCCUUUAUGUGAUUUUUUUUCCUGUUUUAUCUGGGGGUUGUUCAUGAAACUGACAGAUGUUUUUCUAAAAAGCACUAUUAUCAGUUUCCAAAUACAAUACUUCUCUCUUCUGGUUUUUCCUGAAUGAGCCUGAUUUUGUUGCUGUUUUUCAUCACCUAUGAGGGUACAGAGAGUAACCCGAAAAUCCCUGUGGCCAGUUUGAACACCCCUGUUGUAGUCUUUGUUUGGUAUGUCAGCAACUUUGUGAACAUGCUUAGAUGUAUAGUCUUGAUAACCACACUUUUAAGUCUUUUAUCUGUGCAUAAUAAAAAGAUAUAUCAAUUAUUAA